AUGACCACUGCCGCACAGGAUAUUGAUUAUUUUAUUGAACGACAAAGAUCUAAAAUUAAUAAACAAAAUAAUCGACGAAAAGCACCACAAGUACAAGCACAAACACCGCCUCCGGUUGAGCCUCUUCCACUCAAUCAUUUAAGCGAUCAAUCAAUCGUCCAAGAUAUGCAGUUUUCACAAGAACAAUCACCUCGUCUUCAAUCUCAACAAUCUAAUUAUCUUUCUUCAUCACCUCCAUUUCCUAGCAGUUCACGUAUGGAUCAACACCAAGGCCAACAAUUUUCAAAUGAUAAUACAACUAAAAGUUACUUUUCUUUUUUUGAUAGAUUUGGUACUCAUGAUGAAGUACGUUCACGUCUAAACGAUGAUUUAAAACGUGAAUAUAAUGAAUAUUUACAAUCUUUACAAAAUAUGACAAAAAAACGAACAUCAGAAAUGAUUGCUCCAUCACAGAUCGGUGGUAUGUCACAAGGAAGUACAACUCGACGCGUACAAUUUUCACGUGAUCCAAUAACUGGUAGAGGAUCAAACGAACAACAUACUAGCAGAUCAUUUCAUAAUUCUCAUAGUAUGAAUGAUGUAUCGUCAAAUAGAGGUUUACGUCAUAGUCAAAGUAUGAACAAUGGUACCUCAUCGGGAAGAACACUACAUAAUAUUCAUAGUAUGAAUGAUAUGUCAUCAACUUCAGCAGAAGAAUUAGCAGCAAGUCGAGCACGAGCUCGUCUAGUACAACAAGAAAGUGAAAAAUAUAUUCGUGAUCGUGAAGAAUAUAUUUUAGAAUUAUAUGAACAGAUAUAUGAAUUAGAAGGACGAAUAAGACAACUAGAAACUGAAAGCCGUAAAUUAACAAUUACUAAUUCAACAAAUACUACUCGUGCACGAUAUACUGAAGAUUUAAAUGCAUUAAAUGCAUUACUUGCAGAACGAUUAAAUCAAAGAGUAGCAAUUGAUUAUGAACUUGCUGAAAUUCUUAAUCGUCCACCUGUUCCUUUAACUUCAAGAAGUGUUAUUGUAACUGGUGUACCUAGUAGUACACCUAUACCAAUUGCACAAGCUACUCCACGCCCUCCUGAUACUUUGCAACUAGGUCAACAAACUGCUAGAAGUACUGAACAGACGAUUACACAAACAAAAAUGCCACCAGAACCACAACCAUUUAAAUCACCUCGAACAAACCCAAUUCAGGGUCGUCCUUCUACACCACAAUUUGCUCGUGGUUCACUUUAUAAUCAUAUAUUCGGUAAUUAUAAAACUGAAGAACAAGUUAUGAAGCAAGAAAGAUACAGACAAGAUUUAUUAAAGCAAAUAGAAGAAAAACGUCUACGAGAUGCUGAAGAGUUAGCUCGACGUCGAGCUGCUGAAGAACGUGAACGUGCUAAACAAUUAGCGUAUCAACGAGAAUUAGAAAGACAAGCGGCUGAAGAAGCAUUACGAAAACAAGAAAGAGAAGAAGCAGAACGUCGAGCACAACAAUUAUUAGCUGAAGAAGCGGAACGAAAACGAAGAGAAGAAGAAUUAGAACGACAACGAAAAGAGGAGGAAGAAGAACGACGACGAAGAUUAGAAGAAUUAGCACGACAACGACAAGAAGAUGAAGCUGAACGUUUAAAACGUAAAGCAGAAGCGGAACGAUUACGACAAAUUGAAGAAGCUGAACGACAAAAACGUCGAGAAGAAGCCGAACGACUACGAAGACUCGAGGAUUUAGAACGAUUAAAACGAAAAGAAGAUGAAGAAGAGCGACGAAAACGAUUACUAGAAGAAGAACGACAACGACGAAAAGAAGAAGAGGAAGAAGAACGACGUCGAAGAGAAGAAUUAGAACGACGACGAAGAGAAGAAGAUGAAGAAGAACAACGACGUAGAGAAGAAGAAGAACGGCGAAGACGAGAAGAAGAAGAAGAACGACGACGAAGAGAAAGUGAAGAAGAACGGCGAAGACGAGAAGAAGAAGAACGGCGAAGACGAGAAGAAGAAGAACGGCGUAGACGAGAAGAAGAAGAGCGACGAAGAAAUACCAAAGUUGUCCGUACAAAAUCGCCUAUUUCACGUGAAGUAUCAGAAUCUGAAGUCCUUCGACGUCUUGAACAAUUAAAAAGACAAUUAAAAGAGAAAGAAGAUCGUCUCAGAGAUGCUAUUAACGAAGAACCUACAACUACUACAACUCCUCGUCGUCGUCCUCAAGUAGAUUUUUCUUCAGGUCCUUAUCUACCACCACCACAACCAUUUUAUUUACUACGAAGAGAAAGUUCAGAUGAUUUACUCGAAGUUGCACGUAUUCAUUAUCGAGAUGCACCAUUAACACAUGAUAUAUUACUUAAUAUUUUAAAAACAACUGAUGGUGAUGAAUUCAAUCCAAGUUAUGUACGUGAUGAUUCAGUUAUGAUGCGUGGUAUUGCUGAAGGUAAACGAAUUACUAGUGCAGAAUUUCUUACACUACCAAAACGUCCUGGAGUUGCUGAUGAUUUAUUUGGUAUAAAUAUAGAAAGUAUAGCUGGACGCCGACGAUAUCAGAAUAGUCUACCAGGUUAUUAUGAUGGCGAUUAUCCACUCGAUAUGAUGGAUAAAGAAUUAAAUAGAAUUACACAUAAAAAUGAUCAUCGUUUAAGUAAAUUACGGCAUAUUGAACUAGAUGAUGGUGCAGGAUUUGAUAUGGAAGAUUUAAUGGAACGUUUUGAAGACAAACAAAGAUCAGAAGGACGAGGUGGUCGUCGAGGAACUGUAUAUGAUACUACUUGGCUUAAAUAA